AAGGUGAAAUUUGCAUUCAUUGUUCCGCCCUCUUUCGCCUCUGGCCCCGCCCACUGCUGCUAUGUGCCCCGACUCCCCUCAAGCGAAUGCAACCUUUGGCUGAAAAGGGUUCCCCUCUCUUGCUUUAGUGUCUCCUAUGCAUCGCCCAAAGGGGCGGGGGGUUAAAUGCACAGAGAUGUCUUUCCUAGAGAGACCCAGCAAGGCACAACAGAUGCAAAAACUCGGAGGACCGCUCUUCCGGCUUCCUCUCCUUGCAGCUGCAUCUCUUUUAAGUUCUGCACAUAUAUAUUUUUAUUUCUAGUCUGGAAACAGGUGCAAGAUCGCCAGAUUGCAGAUCGCCCGAAGAGUGCAAUGCAACGGCUGAAAAGGGAAGGGCAGAAAGAAAUAAAAACAGAGAAGCAGGACUCUGAUGGAUCUGAAAAGGGGGACAAGCCAGAGGAGGGCGAAACAGACAUUCAUGUCACCCAGGUGGGGACCAGCACAGAGCUUCUGGCUGGGAUGGCUCCAAAGCCAAUUAAGCAGGAACCCGAGGAGGGGCUGCAGCCGUGCUGGGAGGCCCAGUGGCAGGAGUUCCUGAAGACCAUGCAGGCCCCUUGCUUAGGAUGGAGACCCUCACAGCUGUCUCUGCUCCACUCAGGGGAAGGCCCAAAGGAAUUCCGGGCCUCCUCUUGGCCGAGAAGAGAGAGUGCCACCCCGAUUCUCCCCAGCCUACCUCGAGAAGCCCUCCAGAAGACCUAUGAAAGCAGCCCAGAUCCCCCUGCAAGAGUGAAAGAAGAGAUUAUGGAGGAGGAAGAGCCCAUUGGCCUGGAGACUCGGUGCCAGUGCUUCCGGCGGUUCUGCUACUGGGAGGCUGAGGGCCCCCGCGAGGUGUGCAGGCGGCUCCAGGGGCUUUGCCGCCAGUGGCUGAAGCCGGAGAGGCACAGCAAGGAGCAGAUCCUGGAGCUGGUGACCCUGGAGCAGUUCCUAGCUGUCCUGCCCCAGGAAAUGCAGAACUGGGUCAGGGAAGGCUGCCCGCAGACUUGCGCCCAGGCGGUGGCCCUGGCGGAGGAUUUCCUGCUGAGGCAGGAGAGGAGGGAAGAACCGUUUCAGGAGCUGGAGCCUUUCGAGCAGGUGAUUGUUAAUUCCCCCAAGGCAGAACAGGACCCAUCGGACACUGAAGAGUUGCAGCUCCCCAUAGCGGUUGAGCAGGACAGUGAUGGGGAGACGAACUUGCUCAGUGAUGGGCAGCUUAGCGAGAAUGAGGAGGAGAAUUAUCAGCUGGAGAGACAUGAGCAAGCUGAAGCAAGCUGGGUGCCCAGAGAAAAAGCCCGAGGGGAAUUUACCCCGGAUUCUCUGUUUGUAUCUGGAACUGAGACUAAGGAGAAGAAUCUUCAUGUAGAAAUACCCAAGGAAGUGGAACUUAGCGAGAUCUCCUUGGAAAAGGGCAGGGGGGCUUUGUUCCAGGUGUCUGAAGGGCCCGCAAGUUGGCAGGGGGUGAAGAAACUUCAGGAAGACCCUCUGGGAAGCACCCUGAGGAAAGGCUUUGAGUGCAGAGAGGAAGAUGCUCUACGCUUCAACAAAAAGCCCUCCCAAGAGAGAAUCCCCGAUGAGAUGCCCGAGAAGGCGGAGUGCAGGAAAGGCUUUGCCCAGAGCCCCGACAUAUCUCAUCCGGAGAAGGCGCCAUCGUAUGAGUGCUCCUACUGCGGGAAGAAGUGGCCUUGCCAGUCCCAGCUGCGCCGGCACGUGAAGAUCCACACAGGGGAGCGACCCCACAAAUGCACAGACUGCGGGAAAAGCUUCAGUACCAGCUCCAACCUCAGCCAGCACAAGCGGGUCCACACUGGGGAAAGGCCAUACAGCUGCAAAGACUGUGGGAAGAGCUACCGGCGCCGAGCAUCGCUGCUCCAGCACGAGCGGGAGACCUGCCGGAAGGGUAACCACUUAAACGCCCCGGCGAUGGGUUAUGUGGUCCUGGGCAACUGCACUUUGCUGUGCAUGAAAAAGUCGGCGCAGGGCGGGAGGAACCGCGUGAUCGCACCAAAGGGAGGGGAGGCCCCCCUAGCCCCUCAGCCCUUAAAUACGUUGGUGGGAUAUGUGCCGGAAAGGAGCCAUCCCAAUGAUCUCUUAUUUCUAGACGGGCGCGGCCGGCUUGCAGAAGAGGAGCCGGGAGGAGGUUGGCUGCUUUCCCCAGCCUGGUCUCUCCUUCCAGGAGGUGCAUUUCCAAAUCCGCCCAUCAAAUCCGCCUUAUCUCUUUGCAUUUAUUUUUGCAAAAAGAAUAAAGAAGAAGAAAAGAAGAGUGGAUGGGGGAAAGCCGCGCAUACUCGCAGGACUAGCGCCAUGCAAAGCCUUCCUGGAUCAGCACAAGGAACGAAGAUGGAGGAGCACGACUCAGCGCAACCUGGGGAGAAGUCAGAGGCAGGUGGGCCGGCCCCUCACGAUAUCCAGAUCAGAACGGUCCGGGAAUUCUGGACAGGGGUGCCUCCAGGAGCGAUGGGGGAACCCCUGUGGCAGGAACUCUUGAAGAUGAUGCAGUCUCCUAAUUUUGGGCUGAGAAACCCCCACCUGAUGGAGGAAAGUUCCUUGUGGAACGACGCUGCUGUUUUCCACCCUUCUUUCAAGAGGGCAGCUGAUGCUGGCCAGUGGCCUAGAGGAGAGCAGGCCCCAGAUCCAGGGGGAGGCCUCCCCGAGGCCUACAUGAGCCCAGAAGCCUCCGGGAAAGUGAAGGAAGAGAUUCCAGAUGAAGAAGACUUGGAGGCACGAUGCCGGCACUUCCGGCAGUUCCGCUACCGAGAAGCGGAGACCCCCCGAGAAAAUGGCCGGCAGCUCCUGGAGGUUUGCCGCCAGUGGCUGAGGCCCGAGGGACACACCAAGGAGCAGAUGCUGGAGCUGGUGGUCUUGGAGCAAUUCCUGACCAUCCUGCCUCUGGCGAUGCAGAGCUGGGUGCAGGAACGCAGCCCCGAGAAUAUGUCUCAAGCAAUGGCACUGGCCGAAGGCUUCCCUCCCCUCUCUGAAGAGUGGGAGCAAAAGCCCCCAGGACCAUUGAAGGAGGACCCUGUUGAUUUUCCCUUAUCGGAGCAGAGCCCAUCAGACCCUCACCAGAUCCUCCAAGGGGAGGCCAAGCAAGAAGAGACGGGAGCAGCCUGCUUGCUGGCAGGUGACCAGCAAGUGAGGGAAGAUGAGGUGGAGACAUUUCAGCUGGCAAAAGGACCCAAGCAACGUGAACUCAACGGGAUAUUACUGGAUGGAGCAACCGGGAAUAUUUCUCAGGGACCAAACACACAAGAAACAUUUGGAAACCAGCAGGUUCGGGAAAACCCUUUUGGUGGCAGAAAUUCUCCUGAAGCUACGUCCUUUGAGAGAGAAACAGAGGGACCCAACCGCAGAGAAGGACACAGCCAGAGCUCUGACCUCCCAAAGCGGCGGCUGGCCCGCAGGCAAAAAAAAGUGCAUGUGUGCUCUGAAUGCGGGAAAACCUUUGACCGGCUCUCUGUCCUGGCAAACCACCUGACCAUCCACACAGGAGAGAAGCCCUACCAGUGUGUGGACUGUGGCAAGGGCUUUGGCUACAAAGCGCUCCUUGUGAGGCACAGCCGGAGCCACGAAGGACAGAAGCCGUACAAAUGCUUGGCGUGCGGGAAGAUGUUCAGCACCAGCACUAUCCUUUCCGAUCACGAGAGAAUCCACACGGGAGAGAGGCCCUUCACCUGCGCCGACUGCGGGAAGUGCUUCGUCAAGAGGGGCCACCUGAUGAGGCACCAGCUGACCCACACGGGGGAGAAGCGCUACAAGUGCUCUGAGUGUGACAAAUGCUUUGGCGACAAGAGCCUCCUGACCACCCACAAGAGGAGCCACACAGGGGAGAAGCCGUACACAUGCGCCGAGUGCGGGAAGAGCUUCAGCCAAGGAUCACACCUCAUCACUCACAAGAGAAUCCACACUGGGGAGAGGCCACACCAGUGCUCGCACUGUGGGAAGAGCUUCAGCCGGCGCUACGACCUCCUCAUCCACGAGAGGACGCACACGGGGGAGAAGCCCUACCCGUGCCCUGAGUGCGGGAAGAGCUUCCGCCAGAGCUCGCAGCUGUUUGUCCAUGGGAGGAUCCACAUGGGAGGGAAGCCCUACCAAUGUGCCGAGUGCGGCAAGAGCUUCCGCUGGGAGAGCAGCAUCAAGAUGCACAUGAAGAACCACGCCGGCGACCGGCCGUACGCCUGUUCCGAGUGCGGCAAGCGGUAUGGCAGGUCCUCGCACCUGAUCCGCCACAAGGCCACGCACACGGGCGAGAAGCCCUUCCAGUGCUCGCAGUGCAAGAAGAGCUUCACCCAGAGGUCCAUGCUUGACCUCCACGAACGGACGCACACAGGAGAGAGGCCCUUCCAGUGCUUGGAGUGCGGGAAGUGCUUCCGCUGGGAAAGCAACUACCAGAUGCACGCCAAGAACCACACCAGGAAAAAGCCGUUUGAGUGCACGGAAUGCAGCGAGAGCUAUGACAAGGAGUCUCAGCUCAUCAAGCACCAGAGGAUCCACACGGGGGAGAAGCCCUUCAAGUGCAAGGAGUGCGGUCUGUGCUUCGACAGCAUCUCAGCGCUGACAGGGCACCGCAAGGCCCACCGGAGCGAGAGGCCCUUCAAGUGCGCCGACUGCGGCAGGAGCUACAACGAGGAGCCCGAGCUCCUCAAGCAUCAGAGGGCCCACACAGCGGGGAAGCCGCACAAGUGCCUCGAUUGUGACAAGAGUUUUGACUCUCGCUCUGCCCUGAGGGUGCACCGGCGCAUGCACACCGGGGAGAAGCCCUACAAGUGCUCAGGCUGCGGGAAAAACUUCAGCCAGAGUUCAAACCUCCGGACGCACAUGAGAAUCCACACAGGAGAGAACGUGUGAGAGGCAGGCCUCCCAAGGAUGCACGGGGGAACAUGGUGGCCACUCAAGUCCAGGAAGCUCUGGGAGGCCAAAGGUUCCCCAUCUCUGAUUUUGCAGAUAUUUUUGCCUGGUUGGGUAACGUUAGGGAUAGAGCUACAUGAUGUGGGUAGAACAUAGAGAGGUGGGUUUAGAAGAGACAUUGACUGACCUUUUUUCAUUCUUUCCUUUCUUUUUUUAUAAAAAAUAAAUAAAUGUUUUAAU